GUCGAGACACCAAGGGAAAGCAUGGUGACACCCUUCCACGUCAUGCAGGGUCGACUCACGUCGCGAAGGAUCGAGAAGGCAGUCGACAUCUUCCGCGAGCGCCCCGACGACUGCACACUCGGCCCUCUCCUCAUUGGCACUGCGAUCCCGCUCCAGGCAUGGCUCCAGAGCUUGCUUCGACACGACUUCAAGUUUGUCUGCUUCUCCGAGGUCUUUCGCGGGCCUUUUCAAGCGCCAUCGACCAUCGCAGACGUGUACAUUGACAAGGUCGUGGGCAAUACGGUCCACAACGUCGUAGUCGCCGACAUCAUUGGGCAGAUCCGCAACUACGCCAUCGAUACGGGCAGAAUCGUGAUGGCGGGCGCUGGCACCUGCAUCAUCCCCGGGCUGCACGGCGACGAUCGCCAAACGCACCGCAUCCCGGACGCACAGCUCGCCCCGACGCGACUCGUGCCGGCCGAUGGCAACGGCCUUUGCGUGCCGCGGCUUGUCGUCCAAGUUGACCAGCACCACGUGGGCCUUGCCGCCGCGAUGCAGCGCGCAGCCGAGUACUUUCAUCUGCCCCAACUCCGGACCGUGCUCAUGCUCUGCAUCGGCGAGCGCAGUGUCGAGACGGGCGAGUUUGGCGCACUCGCCGUGGUGUACGCUCGCCGCCGCAACAACGAGCUUGGUCCUCGACAAGCGCGAAGCAUUGGCACGGCUGCACUCUCGCCCGAGGCGUUGGCCCAUGUACCGGAAGCGAUCCAAGCACUGCUGCCGCCACACGAUGCUCGCCUUCCGGAACUGAUUGCCGAUGGGUAUUUCUCGUGGCCAGCGUCAAUGGGGCCGGCACCGACGAUCACGGUGGCGGCGACCGACGUCUUUUACGAGAGCCCCGGCCGGUAUCUUGGCCAGCUGCCGCCCGACCUCGCCAUCGACCUCUUCCAUCUCACGGCACUCAUUGCCACGGUCCUUCCACCUCUGUAGCUCUAAACUUAGUGGUAAAUCCUCUCUGC